CCCGGGGUGCACGUGACCCGGGCUGGGGCGGACCGCCGCUGGCAGCAUGAAGGUUGUGCGGUGGGCGACUGACUGACUGAGCAGCAGCAGCGGCAGCGGUAGCAGCAGCAUCACCACCAUCACCAUCGGCAGCGGCGAUGCUCGGCAACAGCUGUUGCUUUGAGCAACCGGCGAAAUGGUUCACGGUUGGGAACAGUGAUUGCAUCUGAUGAGUGCAAGGGUGCAGUGAGGUCUGCCGUUGAGAGCUCUCCUUGGGACAACAAAAAUGCUGCGGGAUUUCACCAGAGCUGUCUAUUUAAAUCUCCUUUGGGCACUGGUCACUGCUGACUCACUAUGCAUCCAUCUCCAGGAACUCCAUAAUAAGCUGCAGUACAGACAACGGGCCAAGUACACGAAAGAUUACUUUCCAAUUAACUACACUGUGCAAGUUCAUUAUGAAGAUAUUUAUCGAACGAUAAAUGUUACUCGGAUGAGAAACAGAGGUUUUACUGAAAGUGACCUGAAGUUGUUAUGGGUCUUCAUUAAUUCUCAAGUGUUGGAGACAAUCCUUGAUGUUCUUCCAAAAAGACACCCAUCUAGAACCUAUGUGGAGGAUGUAGCCUUGCUGUUUAAUUAUUUGAGGAUGGGUGUGGAAGAAAUGAUUGAAGACAUUGAGGAUGAGCGAGUGGAGGAAAUACUCUAUCGAAUCAGUGACAUGGAUGUGGAGAGCAGAAGGAGGUGGAUCAGACCCAAGGCUUUAUUCGAUAACUGUUACCGAGUAUUGAAACAAAUCUUCCACUGCAACUGGGUUCCUUGACCCAGGCACCCAACUCCUGCAUCAUUACUGCCUGAAAGGAAGGCACUUGUGUUUCCAGGUUUACAAUCCCUUGUUGACAUCAGAAGCAUCCGAAAUAGUUAAGCCUGCUCUCACCCAGGACCUCGUGCAUAGAGAUGCAGGACUAGGUUGCCACUGGUUGAAGAAUCAAAAUGGACUUAUGGACGAAAACCAGUGGAUGAUGGUGACCAGUUUGCUAACUCCUUCCCCACCCUCAUCCCCAACUCUUUUGCUUGCUUUCUUUUAUGAGUAUGUGACAUGGGCAAACCACCUGUGAGUCUCUCUGUCCGUAUAUACUAGAAGCACCAAGUUUGAUAGUCCCACCUUCUGUUUGCCCACCUAAUCACACAAAACAUUAUUUUAUGAUGCGGGAGACCAACAAACCAAGACAUCCGAUUUGGUAUCAUGACCAGAAUCAUUGCAGCACACAGCAUGAAGGAGGAGACCAAGGAAUGGUGCUAUGUGAAAGAUUGAUAUUAAAGACUCAUAUGGACACUGAGCAGACCGUGGUGGAGGGCAUGGGUUGACGACUAGUGCUUGGUAGUUAGUGUGAAUGACCUAUACCCAAUCAAAUAUUGGGAGAAAAGUGCACAGUGGAGAAAAUGAUGAACCACUUGAAGCAAAUAUCGCCAGUAAAUCGCCUCAAAGACAUUUUGCUGUUGUUUUGUUACCCAGCACAACAUCAGUUACCUCGGCCACUUCAAACCCAUUGCGUGAAGCUUCCAUGGAAAUUAAUGAUUUUAAUGCUAGAAGCACAAAUGUUCAUUGGUUCUACUAUCAUGGAUUGUCCUUGGUAUCUGGGACUUGAAGAUAUUCUCUGCUCAUUUCACUACCUUGUUUAAAAGGUCAUUCAAUAUAAUCUUCCCACCAACACUUGGUGAUCAGGUCAUCUACUGACUAAUAAAUGUCUGAAUGCUUCUAAUGUCUUCUAUCCCAUACAAUGCUGUGACUACAGGCUGUUUGCACAGCCAUGUUGUGUACUUAUUGCAUCUAGAUAUGAAUAAAAAAACUAUACGCUU